AUGUCCAUUACAGAUUCUGUUUUUUCCCGCACUUUGCGUGGGUGCUCUGCUCUGCUCCUCACUGACGUGUCCGAUGUGCUGCCGCUGUUGUUUUCUUCUCCACUUCUUGGACACAGACACGCUAGGAAAGAAAGCAACCAAACGCGAAUCGCUACUGUGAAAUUCGAAGGCACUGAAGGGACCAACAACAGCACACACACCGCCCACACACACAUCUGUAUGCUCUCACGUGUUGCUGCAGUGAAGGCACCCCGCACACACAACCGUCGCGGCGUGACCGGAUCCAGCGGAAGGAGGAGGGAAGGAGGAGAGAGUGAACCGCAGAGGCCCAGCAUGUCCCGGCUUCACUUCUAUUCCGCUGUGCUGCUUCUCCUUCUUGUCGUGAUGAUGUGCUGCGGUACCGGUUGGGUUGCGGCCGCUGGGGGUAAAACAAGGAAUACCAUUGAUCCUUUUAAAGGGAGGGCGUCGAUAUCAUUUGCCAAUUGGAAGGAGUUUAACGAGGAUGGCAGGAAAAUCACCUCGCUCCGUGUUCCUGGCCUCGUUAAAGUGGGUGAUGAUGUAUUUGCCGUUUCUGAAGCGCAGUGCGGGGAGAAGGACGGAGCCGGCAGCUGUGCUGGGAUUGUGUCAAAGCACCUGAAUAUAAGUGAUGGCUCAAUGGAUAUUUCUACGUCGGAUUUAAGUUUGUUUCGCAUGCAACUUGUGGACACCGCCGCGAGUAGUUUUGGGACAACGGAAGUGUUGCGGCCAACGACAGUUGUAAUUGGGGAGAUUGUCUACAUGCUGGUGGGGAAAUACAGUCCUACAAAGUCGCAGGAUGCGGGUACGAAUGAGCGGGGCCUUUUACUCGUGAAGGGAACUGUCACUGAUGAGGGUGGAAACAACAAGAAACUUGUGUGGAAUGAGACCCAUGUGGUGGACCCUCAACGAAAAGGAGAAUCUGUUUUAUUGACCGAGUUUUUGGGUGGCGGAGGCUCGGGUGCUGUGAUGGGUGAUGGCGCGAUUGUGUUUCCCAUGCAGGCCAAAAACAAGGAUGUAAAGCGCGUUUUACUGUCCAUGAGUUUUAACCCGUCAGACAAAAAAUGGGAGCUUUCAUCCACGGCGACUGGUAAGGGCUGCAGGGAUCCAACCCUGGUGAAGUGGAAAGAAGACGACGACGAAAGACUCUUCAUGAUGGCUCAUUGUGCUGGAGGCUACUAUGACGUUUACAGUUCCAUCUCGGAUGGGUACGGUUGGAAUACGUUGGGUGAGCCACUUAACCGCGUGUGGGGAAACUCACACAAUCGAAAGGGGCAUGGCGUCCAGAGUGGAUUCACCACCGCAACCAUUGAGGGAAAGGAGGUGAUGCUCAUCACCGCGCCGGUGUAUGCGAAGGACAAUGAAGAGGGUCGGCUCCAUCUUUGGGUGACGGACACGACACGCGUGUAUGAUGUUGGGCCGGUAUCCCGUGGAGGAGAUGACGCCGCCGCCAGCUCGCUGUUGAUAAAAGAUAAUAAUAAAGAGUUGAUUUCACUGUACGAAAACAAGAAAGACGGAGCAUACAAUCUUGUUGCAGUGCGUCUGACCGAGAAACUGGAGCGGAUAAAGGAAGUGGUGAAGACAUGGAAGGAUUUGGACGGCGCCUUGCAAUCCUGCAGUUCCGGUUCCAGCGUCACUGUCGACUUUCCAAAAAAAGGUAUGUGCAAUGGUCCUGUUACCACUGAGAGGCUUGUUGGCUUCUUGUCUGGUAACUCAACUGUGACCGAGUGGCGAGACGAGUACCUCGGCGUGAACGCCAUUGUCCAUGGGCCGGCGGAAAAAAGGAUAGGGGUUCCCAAUGGAUGGACGUUCAAAGGACCCGGGGCGUGGGCGGAGUGGCCUGUUGGCGACAUGGGGCAGACUGUGCCGUACUACUUUGCGAACAACGAGUUCACUCUUGCUGCGACGGUGUCCAUCCACGAGGUGCCGGAGGUAGGCAGCGUUCCUUUGAUUGGUGUAAGGAUGAAUGACACCGACAGCACGGUGCUCUUUGGUCUUUCGUACACCCAUGACAAGAAGUGGUUGGCCAUACCUGAGAAUUCUGGUGAUGCGGAGGAUUUUGAUGAUUGGGAGCCAAACAGGACGUAUCAGGUGGGACUGCGAAUGGAUGAUGAUGAUGAAUGGACUUUCUUUGUGGAUCAGAGGGAAAUUGACCGCAACAGAUAUAAUACGAGUCUGUUUGACUUCCACAGGAUUUCACACUUCUACAUCGGUGGGGACAGUAAGGACCAAAGUGCAACGGGCGGCCACGUGACGGUGACCAACGUCAUGCUGUACAAUGAGAGACUGUUGGGAAGUGAUCUGCGCAAACUCAAUGCCGGCAAAGUCACUAUUCCAUCACUGGGUGUUGAGAAACAACCCACAGGACAGGCGGCCAGCACAGACAUCUCAGUUGCUUCCGAGUCAAAGAGUGAAGAAACCACCGCCGCCAGCCAUGAAUUGCCUGGGGAUGAUAAUGAUGAACAAGUGGAAGGAAUCGUUAAUGAUCCGGUACCUGCUGCGCCCUCUUCCACGCUUUUCGCGGGAGCCUCUAUUUCUGAGUCCGCCAUAGCAGCGGAGAUCGCAGAGAAUUCUCUUCCAGAGAAUAAUGCCCAACUUUCCGAAGGCAAAACGGUCCAGCAAGCCGCGCUGAAUGAAGCGAAGGAAUCGAUGCAACGUGAUUCAGAUGUGCAGCCACAAGACCUACAGUCAGAGAAAUUAACGGUGUUCAGUGAUGUUGAAAAAUCCUCUGAAAGUAAUGAUACAGAAGAGCCAGAGGAGGAUGGAGGAACGAAUGACAGGAGUGGCGGAUCAACGUCCUCAGUGGCUGCGUCAUUGAGUAUGGCCACUGCCGCUGCAUCAGUGAACGGUGAGCACCAAGUGCAACAAAGCGUUGAGCCUUCCGCUGAAAACAACGACGUGCGGUCCACUGGUACCGGGACCACCGGCGCGGAGGAAAGCCUCAGCCUCGAGGCGAGGGACGGAAGUUCCGAGAGAACAAUGAACUCAGGCAGCAGCAUCACUCCUUCAAAGAGUGACGCCGAACCGACAUCCGCGGAGGACACCGACAACAUCUCUCGGACUGAAGGAACUGAAGUUUCUUCUGAAGACGGCAAGGAGGCGCCACAGACGGUCGACACCGCACCGGGCAAUACAAACACAGCGCCUGGGGAAGCCGCAAUCCCAUCGGAGUCCAACGCAACAACACCCUCGGACCGUGACAUUUUGCUUGAGAAGGGGCAUUACAGCGAGUUGGCGGCCAUGGCUCUAAUUGGUGACGGCACCGUGCAUUGGUGUGUGUCUCAGGUGUUGUUGCUGAUGCUUCUGGGGCUGUGGGGCACUGCGGCUCUCUGCUGA